GACAUCGCAUCCAGGACUUGUGGAGACAAAGUUACCAAACCUAUUGUAAGGUUCUCCGUUCUCGCUUCUGCUAGUGGCUCUUACAGUCAUAGGAUGCUACGGGAAGACUUCAGUGAUUUGCCCAGACUGAGACAUUGGGAUUUCAAGACAAACAAUGUCAACCUUGGGACAAUCAAGAGUCUGGAUAGAGUCCGCCUCGGCCAGCUGUCAAGUUUUCGGUACAGAUCCCAGGUCAAUACUUGCCUGGCGGCCAGUCACAUUUUGUCAGACGUAACCCUUCCUCAGGCAGAACAGAUUGGCACAACCUUUGUAACACAUGCUGACCUGGAGUGCGUAGAUUCACAAUACUUACUCUGUGGCCUGAGUGAUGGUGGUGUUGCAAUCUACGACACAUUGUCCAUCAAAGAAGGAAGGGUUUAUGGUGUGGUUGGGUCAGUUAAAGGAGGCCAGAGAGGGAGCCAUAAAUAUCAGGUUGAUUGUGUCCAGUGGUACCCAGCAGAUACAGGACUCUUCACAACCUCCAGCAGAGACAAGAAAGUGAAGAUAUGGGACCCCAAUUGCAUGAAGCCGGUCGACCAGUUUCGCUUAGAGUGCCAUGUACUGCACCACCACAUGUCACCUGUUGCAACGAAGCAUUCACUUCUCUCUGUUGGAGCUGAUACGGAUAUUUUGGAAUUCUUGAUAUAUUGAAGAAAAAAAAUGUUUCUGAACCUGUAAAUUGUUGCAUUUGAUUAGGUGUAGGAAAAUUUGUAUAAAGUGAUUAGGUUUGUAUUGUUAAAAUCCUAUGAUUAAUGGAACAUUUGUGUCAAGGGAGUUGUACUUUAUCAUAGCUAUAUUUAUUAUUGGAAGUAAAAUAUAGACUUAAAA